AUGGCCGGCAACUGCGAUUGCAAAACUGUCCACUACCACCCUGCUCCAGAUAUUGGAGCCCCAGAUCUUAGACAAGAGACCGAUGAGGAUCGAAAAGGUACAACUGUGGUGGAACUAAGGAAAAUAGAAGGAUGCACUUUGGGACUAACAAUAUCAGGGGGUGUGGACAAAAACUGUCGGCCACAAGUGUCAAACCUCCGGCCUGGAAGCAUUGCACACAGAUGCGAUGCCCUGGAAGUCGGUGAUUUUAUUUUGUCAGUGAAUGGAAUUCGAACAUCUGGUCUACGCCAUGAAGAAAUAGUAAACUUAUUAAAGAAUGCUGGAGAACACGUUAUUCUUGAGGUCGAAUAUGAAGUGCCUGAAUCUGAUGCUGUUCAAAAUGCCACUGGUCCGUUACUUGUAGAAAUCGAGAAAAUUCCUGGGGUUUCUUUAGGAAUUGGAUUAGCUCAUUCUGUCCGGAAUGGGAAACGGUCUAUUUGUAUUGAGAGUGUUGCACCGAUGGGUAUAGCAGACAGGUAG